CUAUCAUUGCUACUACAAUCUGCCUGCACAUUCACCGUGACACCGUUUUCUAUGGUUUUUUUACCGUCCUGCAUCACGGCGCUAUUCUCAGGUUUUUAAAACAAUCUUCAAUUUUUUUUUUUUUACCUUUUACGGUUUUUCUUUCUCUUGCCCGUCAACUAUCUAAAUCAUCUAGCGUUCCGAAGAAUACGUUUCACGACAUUUUUCACCCAACAACGAACGAGCGAAAAACCGGCAACCCGCUCGAUAUCGUUCGCGGGAUAGCGAAAACCUUUCGUCGACGACGUAUCAGGCGUUUACCGCUUGUGACUUCUCAAUUCAUCCACUCAACAUUUGCCUAGAACACUUGACAACCAUUACCGGUAUAUCAAACUGGCGAUCAACACCUCAAUUAUCUAUAAAACUUAAGUUUUUUCAAGUUUAAUUAUUUCUCUGGCCAUAAAUUCAUUGAAAAGGAAUAAAAACGAAGGCAUUAUGGAUAAUGAACAUCCACCGAAUAAUUUAAAUCAAGCCAACUCACUUGCAUUAAUUGACGUUAUAGAAGAAAUGACAGUUGAUAAUGAUAAUCUUGAAAACUUCCUUCAGGAAGAAUUUGAUGAAGAAGCUUAUGUCAAUGAAGUAUAUAUUGAAAAUAUAAAUGUUGAAGAACAAAUGGACACAAACUCAAAUGAAGAUUAUUAUAUAAAUAGUUUUGGAUAUUUCAAAUACUCUGAGACAAAAACUUCUGAUCUUUGUGAUAAUAAUACUGGUAAUACCUUUACUUCAUCAUUAAAUAAAAUAAAAAAUAAUGAAAAUAGUGUCUCAAAGGAAUUAGUUAAUGAUAGAAAAUAUGAAGCAUCUACUUCUCAUGGAAACAAUGAAAUUUAUAAAAAUUAUAAAAGGUCGUUAAGUAUUCAUGAGGAGAGUAGUAACUCUGAUAAUAUAUCAGAUUUCAUUGGAAAUGAAACGGAUACUGAUGACUUAAUACAUUCAAUUACAAAUAGUGAAAAUAAUGUUUUAAAUAAUGAUCUAGAGUAUAAUACAUCACAUGAAAUGGAAAGUCCAACCAAUGAUCAAUCUCUGCCUAAUGACUAUGGUACAAUUAAAAUCGAAAGUGAUGAUGAGGAUACCAGCAAUGAACAGUUGAAACUUACACUAUCCAUUGUUGGUGAAGAAUAUUUAAGUAAAAUAAAUUAUAUACAAACACCUCAGAAUAGGAUUAUGUUUCCUGGCUAUAAUGAGAAGGUUUUUGUAGAGUUGAAAAACUUAAUCAGCAACAAAACACUAAAUGAUAAUCUGGAUACUUCUAUGGUUUAUGGUACCAGUAAAGUGCAAGAUUUGUUAAGAGUAUUUUUGCCAAAUGCUUGGCUAAAUGAUCUCAUAAUACAACAAUAUAUUAAUCUUUUGAUGAAAAAAUGUAACAAUAAUAAUAUAUUGGACUUAAAUACAUUCUUUUUUGAAGUUGUAACUCAAUAUGGGUUUGAUGGAUAUAUAAUAAGAUAUUUAAAAAAAAAAAAUUUACUCGAUUACAAUAAAAUUAUAGUUCCCACGCACUUGGAUAACAAUCACUGGUGCUUACUUGUAGUGGAGAUUAACAAACGCAAAAUAAUUUAUAUUGAUAGUUUGAGUUUUUUUGAUAUUGCUUUAGAAAAAAUGAAGGUAUUAGCAUGUUUUUUAAAUGAAGAAUAUCUUGAAAAAAAGCUGCAUUUAAGAAAUCGAAAGGACCUAACAUGGAAUAUUUACAUUGGGAAAUCCCCGCGGCAGGAGAAUUCAAUUGAUUGUGGUGUAUUUUUAUGCACUAACGCAAGAUAUUAUGUUCUAGAAGAGCAGAUAAACUUCAAUCAGGGAGACAUUCCCCUCAUUCGACAAAGAAUGUCGUAUGAACUCAUGCAUAGCACAUUGUUACCUACUCUAUAAUUAUUUUUAACAGAACUAUCAUCAACAUUUUAACAAUAAUUAUAUUGUAUGUUAAAAAUUAUCAAGGCUGGGAAUUAAUAAAUUAAAAGUUAAAAUUAAGUUGAAUUGUUAAGUUAUUUUUAAUUAAAUUAAUUAACUCGUUUCUUUUUUUUAAAUUAACUUUUAACUCAGUAAAGUUACUUUUUUUAAGAUUAAUGUGUUAACUUCAAGUUAAUUUUAUUCAAACGAAUAAUGCAAAUUUUUGAAUGAGAUUUUUAGAAAAGUACAUUUAUUGAUACCUAGUUAAUACUUUGAUGUAUCAUUUUAAAUUUUCAUUCAUUUUCUUGGGCGUAAAGAAAAACUAUUUAAUAAACAUUACCAUGUGUCUGGAAUUUUUUAUUAUGCAAAUUAAAACAUUUUAAUUUUAAAUUAAGUUAAGUUACUUUUUUCAAAGUUAACCUUUAACUUAACAAAUUAACAAAAAAAAAAUAUGUAUAACUUUUAACUUAACUUUAUUAUUUUAAAAUAACUUAACUAAACGAGUUAAAAAAAAUCGUUAACUUACCUAGCUAUGCAAAUUAUAAUUGUGUACAACUAAAUUUUAAGUUGUGCCCUACAAUUAGAUACAACUAUACAAGCCAGGAUAAUGUUCUUUUUUAACUUGUAUAAAUAUAUCUGUAUAGUUCUCAACCAAUAUCAAUCUUACUCAGUCUUUUAAUUAUUUGUGAUGUCAUACUAUAUAUAAUACCUAUAUAUAUAUAUAUAUAUAUAUAUAUAUAUAUAUAAGACUAGGCAAAUUCACAAUUUUUCUUAACUCGUUAAAUUAUUUUAAAAUAAUAAAGUUAAGUUAAAAGUUACUCAAAAUUUUUUUUUGUUAACUGAAAAAAAAGUUACAUCUUAGUUUAAAGUUAAAAUAUUCUAAUUUUCUAAUUUGCAAAAUAAAAAAAUUUAGACACAUAAUAAUAUUUAUUAGAUAAUUUUUCUCUACGCUCAAACAAAUUACUGGGGAAAUUUAAAAUGAUUUAUCAAAGUUUUAACUAGCUAUCAAAAAACUUACUUUUCUAAAAAUCUCAUUCAAAAGUUAUUCUUUGGCUGAAAAUUAACUUUAUUUUAAUAUUUUUGAAUAAACCUAACUUGAAGUUUUAACUUAAUUUCAACUUUUAAUUUGUUAAUGCCUAGCCUUCUAAUAAAAUAUGUGACAUUCACUGUGUUCAAAUUUAAAUCUAAACAGUUUAUGGGAGAUGACCAGUUCCAUUUUGUUUUUGUAAUAAAUUUGAUGGGUCUUUGUCUUAAGACUGCCACUAAAGUAAAAUGUAAGACUGAAUAAUGUUUUUAAUAUACUGGAUUUAAGCACCUUUUAUGA